CUUCUCGCGACACCACGACCACAGAAAACGGUGCUUCGAAAUUCCUUGGAAAUAAUACUGCUCACAUUGUUGCUCGCGUCACCAGUCAUUGAUAUAAAACAGCGGCGUGAAGCAGACGGAAACUUCAGAUCCGUUCGCUCGUCUGAGGCUGAAGUACGAUUAAGGUACCAGAGUCUUUUAUUCAAGCGAAUUCUUCAGACUUUCAAGUCCACAAUCGUAGGGAGAAUGUCCUUGUCUGGCUGGGUGUGUUUGGUGACGGGGGCCUCCAGAGGCAUCGGCCAGGGAAUAGCCCUCCAGCUGUCCGAGGCAGGAGCCACUGUUUACAUCACAGGGCGCGAGGAGACCACUCUGAAACAAGCCGCUGCCCAGGUGAAGGAGAGGGGUGGAAAGUGUGUCCCGGUUAUCUGCGAUUCCACAAAAGAUAAAGACAUCGAAGACUUGUUUGAACAGAUCAAGCGCGAGCAAAAUGGCCGACUGGACCUGCUGGUGAACAACGCGUAUGCUGGAGUCCAGGCCAUCUUUGACAAUAUGGGGAUCAAGUUCUGGGAAAUCGAUCCGUCCAUUUGGGAUUCCAUCAACAACACAGGCCUCAGGGGCCACUAUUUCUUCUCCGUUCACGCGUCCCGGAUGAUGGUGGCUCAAGGUCGGGGUCUGAUAGUCACGAUUUCGUCCAUGGGGGGUCUGCGGUAUCUCUUCAACGUGCCAUAUGGCGUUGGCAAGGCGGCAUGUGACAGGCUGGCAGCAGACAUGGCGUUGGAGCUUAAAGGAAGGGGCGUGGCUUCUGUGAGUCUGUGGCCUGGAGCGGUAAAAACAGAGCUGGUGUCUCAGUUUGUCUUAGACAAAGAAUCAACACAAAGUGGCGAUGACAAGUUCAAAGAAGUCUUUGCCAAUGGGGAAUCCACAGAAGUGAGUGGGAUGUGCAUCGUCAACCUGGCAAACGAUAAACAUCUGAUGUCUCUGACUGGGAAGGUGCUCCUGACUUGUGACCUGGCAAGGCGCUAUGGAAUACAAGACAUUGAUGGACGGACCGUAGCUGACUACACGUCUCUGAAAUUCCUCCUGAGCCAGGUGCCGUAUCUCUCCUGGCUGUCAGCGGUGGUCCCUUCGUUCCUACGCCUGCCCCGCUUUGCGCUCACCCUGGCUAGUAACCGCUUCUAAGCAUUUCCCACGUCCGCACCGGAGAGGCAGCAUCGAACCAUAUGUGGACUAAGUGGUCCAUAGUUAAACAUAUAGUCGCCACAUUUGCCAGUAGGUGACAAGCAGCUAUGACUUUCAACUAUAUCUUUUGAAGGAGUAUUAUUGCAUACUGUAUUUUGUAUAAUCCUACUUGUGCCGUUAAAGUUUGAAGUCAACAAAGUGAAGAUACAUUUAACGUUAACAUUGCUGUUAUCUGUGAGUGAAGCCGCACAAUCUGAAUUUAAUUAUAACCAUGUUUUGUAUUUUCUUAAGCAUCUCUUUGCAGAUGAAACUUGUGAUAAACAGUUCAAUGCUUCUGUGUUUUUCACUAAUUUUUAUCUUUGCUAUACAUCUAUUUCACGUCCAACACUACAUCCAUUCUUACGGUAUUCGACCGACUAGGUAAAGAAUGGUUAAAUAAAGAAGUGUUACCUUGCUGCUGUUUUCUCCUUACCUUGUGUAAAAUAAAUGUAAAUGUCCUUAAAACUGAUCAAAACAGAUAUAUUAUCAAAUAAAGGGUUGUAUCUCCUACGGAAAGAUUAUUAUCAACAUCUUGUCUAUUUUAUUAUAUUAUUUAGCACUAACAAUGAAUUAUAAUUGAUACAUGUGACUUACAGUAUGUGUGUAUAUAUUGUAACUGUAUUUUACUUAUAUAUAUAAAUAUGAAUCAGCGGAUUGAUUUCGUCCGUGUUGUUCGUAAUGCAAAGAUCAAAUGUUCUGUUCUUUAAUCAUCUGAACUACUCAUUUUGGCGAUACAUCAAGAAUGAAUUUAUACAAGGCCAUAGCACCAAAUAAAAUUAUUUUUGAUCGUU